AUGAGUGAUGUAAUGUUCAAGGGACCAUGCAAAGGUAAUAUCAUCUUCUUCAUCAAAGGAACCUUACUGGCUCCUAUGGCUGCCAACGAAAUCAAAAAAGACUCUUGGAUAAAUUUCCGGUACGUUGAUAAUCUCGUCGUCUCCGGUGGUGGUACAAUCGACGGCCAAGGAAGUCGAUCUUGGUCCUUCCGUCACUGCGAAACUAAUACAGAUAAUAGAGUACUACCAGCGAACAUGGGAUUUGAUUUCGUGAGAAACUCGAGAAUUACGAGCCUAAAAUCAGUCAACAGCAAAGCGGGACACUUGAACUUCUUCGCCGUCGAUCACUUCAACAUCACUGGAGUCAACAUAGCAGCUCCCGGAAACAGCCCCAACACCGACGGAAUCAAGAUUGGUUCUUCCAGCAACAUGAAGAUAUGGAACAGUCACAUCGGCACCGGAGACGAUUGUAUUGCAAUCCUCUCCAGGAACACUAAUUUCGAUAUCUAA